GGGCGAACGUAGAGAAAAAACAAUCGUGAGUAGGGAUAGAAUGGGCAAAAUGAAAGUCCGAUUGUUGCCCCGAGUGAUACACUUUUAACUCAUGAUAAAUGUCAAAAGUGUCAUAAUUAAAAUAAGUAAUAAAACGUUUAUAAACGAGCUUUCUGGUGUGCGAAGUCCUUGGAACGGACGGAAUAACGGACGUUUGGAAUUUACGUCGCAAGUAGACAUAACCUGUAAACUGAUGUAAACUAACCCCCUUAAAACUUGGACACCUAUUGAAAUUUGUGCACAGGAAUUUUCUGUACAGCGAGACACGUCGCUUCGCUGCUUCUGGGAAACAUUUUUGUCGUUGGUAAAAAGUUCACUCAUAUACAGAAACCAUGUCUAAACGCAAGUUUGAUGAAAUGGAAGAUAUAUCUAAUAAGCAACCGCUUAAGAACUCGCUGGACUCUGAUGAAGAUGAUGACGAAGUAAAUGAGGAUACCUAUAACAUUAUGAAUGAAGAUGAACUUGAAGGUACAGAAGAUGGACCCUCGGCACCAGAAACAAACGUAGGUUUUACGGCAUUUAAUAUGAAAGAGGAACUGGAAGAAGGUCACUUUGAUAAAGAUGGUCAUUACCUUUGGAAAAAAGAGAAACAGAUAAGGGACAAUUGGUUGGACAAUAUUGACUGGGUCCAGAUCAAACCUGGUUCUACUAAUGUGAAAAAGAGUACCAAGUCGAGCGAAAGUCCUGGUUUGGGAGAUAGCGAUAGUGACGAUGAAGGAGAUAUUAUGUUCGAUCCUAUUCCGUUGUAUAAACAAAUUUUAGAGUACCUUAAACCCGGUGAAACCGUUUCCAAAACGUUAUGCAGACUUGGUAAAGGGAAAAAGAAAUUGACCACAGCUGAAAGAUGGAAAAAGAAAAAGGAAUCUAAAACGCAGGGAGAAGAAGAAGAUCCAAAUUCUGUUAGCAUAACAAAGUUAACAGAACUGGCAAAUGAAUUAUUAACACGCACUGGUAAUAUGGACAUAUAUCAAGAAAGUUACGAACAAAUAAAAAAGAAGAUUGAACAAGCAGAUAAACAUGCACACCCUUCGAAACAAGAAGCAGAGCUAGAUAUGUAUGCUGAUGAUUUUGAUGAAAAGGAAAAGGCGAAAUUGGACGACGGCGAUAGUGGAAAAACAGCGGAAGCAAGCAAUGCGAAAGAAACUACGUCUCUGGAGGAAAACGUAACGUGGGAUCUGAAAUGGUCGCAAGAUGAAGAUGCAGAAGUACACGGGCCUCAUACUAGUCAGCAAAUGCAUGCCUGGGCAAAAGAGGGAUAUUUCAAAAAGGGUGCCUGGGUUAGAAGAACCGGACAGCAGAAUCAAUUUUAUAGUGCUGCUAGAGUAGACUUUGAACUUUAUCUGUGACACUUCUAUCCGAUACAUAUAAAAAUGUGAAAAUAAACGGAUAUAAAAAUUGUUAUAUCUGUAUAUUUGUCAAAUCACGAUACUUUUAUGAAAGUUAAAUAUAUUAUACUCAAUGUAUGUAAAGUUUUUACACGAGAAAAUAGAUUGUUGAGCAUUAUGAA